GGGCCAAAGAAACAUUCAAAUUAUUGAAGCCAUGAAGUACGCCGUAGUUAUUGUCCUCACCCUUUUCGUGGCCAGCGGCUGGAGCCUGCCGGCCGAUGGGCCAGCCCAGAUGGACGCUCAGGUGCGCAGCGUUGUGGACGAGCUGACUGAUCUGGGCAAGUCAACUGGUGAGACCCUGUUGCACCAGUACGAGGAGAUUAUCGUGGAGCCGCAGCAAGAGUUGGAGGAGGCUUUGGACCAAGUGGAAGCCCGUCGUGCUGAGAGCCCCGAGUGCGUGGCCGCCGAGGAUGAGGAGAUCGUCCGUAUUGUUGACACUGCCCAUGAGGAACUGAUCUCCUGUGGAGUCGUGGCUGCCAAGACUUCUGCCGAGAUCGCUUCCGACGUGAGUGCCGCAACCCAGCAGCUGAUUUACGGUGGCUAUAACUUGGGAACCACGUAUAGCAAGUGCCAGUCGUACAAAAAUUCGGUCCUCAAGCAGUCCUGCAUGGCUAAGUUUUACAUCCAGGCCUCCGUUUACCUGAUUAGCGCCCGUUCCUCGAUAAAAACCAUUCGCAAGUCCACCAGUGAACGCAUUCCCGCCGUUUUCACCGAUGGAAACCUUUGCACCCACGGCGCCUCAGCCACUGCUGUAUUGGGACUCCAGGAGGUUAACAGCCACAUUGAUGCCUGUGUCGCUCGUCGUCGUUAAGGUUUUCUAAUAAAAACGUGUAGUGCAAGUCUAAAA